CCUGAACAACGGAAGACGUGUACCGACGCGUAGCUGAAACAGCGUAAAUUUUUAAUACCCGACCAUUUGACGACCAAAAAUUUAAAUUCCGAUCGAUUUUUAAAUGUGUUUAGCAUGUGGUAGUGUUGUAUCAGACGACGUAUGGUGACCGCGUUGUGAACAUUUGAAGGAGUGUAUUCAAAGUUUCUGAAGUGUACGCGUGUGGAGUUUUUUGUGCGAUACUGCUGAGUUUUCUUCUCCGGAAAGAAGCAGCAUGGCAUGAGCGGUUGGGUGGGCGCGACAUGCGGCGCGCGCCGCCCGCGCAAUCCGCCGCCGUCGUUAUUGCGCUUGCUCUACUCCUUGGUCUUGUGAACGCUGGUUCAAUGGGAGCCGGUGUGCCAGAGAAUAUCACAGUGGCCUUCCUCAGCCCGACUUCAGUCAGAGUGUCUUGGACAACAACAAUAGAAUUGGUGGAGAAAUACGAUGUCAUCUACAAACCUUCGGACGCAAGUUACAGAGUGGUAUUGGAAGUCGCUGGUAACUCCGACGCGGUCAUUUUGAGAGGUUUGGAUCCAGACACCCAGUAUCAAGUCACCGUCGCCGCUCUAUCGGGCGGACAUAAGUUUAGAAGCAGACCUAUUGUCUUCCGCACGCUGGGAUCUACCCGGGCUCCUCUCCAGAGCGGUGAGGAUAUAACUGAAGAAGAUGGAUUAAGCGGCCCUGAUAGAACCAGAAUUGUCGAGCCCCCACGGACGUCACCGCAGCAGGACGGAGGGCUGGUCGGGGCCACACCCCUUACCUCUGUCGCACCACCCGACCCUUCGCCUACUUUUCCAACGAUACGAGGGGUGGAGAUUGGUAUCGUAGUAUUGGUGCUGAUAGUCUGGAUUGGAGCAAUAGCACUUUUCUUCAACCGAUGGGGCAAGAUCCGAAUGCUAUUGCCCUAUCAGCCAGAUUACAAACAAGAACAGUUAAAGGUGCCUGGAAGCAGCGCAUUAGCUGCGGCUACAGCUGGAGGGACCUGCGGUGCACAUUCGGCGCCAUCUGCGUGUUCGCACAUGCGUUGGUCCCACACUCACACCCAGAGCUUAGAGUGUGAAGAACAUCUCCUGGCUCGCUGCAACCGUCCCCGCGUGAACUCCGCCAUCUUUGUGUCAGCUGAACCCACGGGAUUCGCCGGGUUCGACGCGGGAGAAUUUCUGAGGCGUCACGGUUCGCAGUCAAAGUUGUGUCGCAAAGCUAGGUCAGCAGACAAUAUUCCCCUCACAACAAUGAGCGAUUCAUCCGAACGCUUGUGUACCGCCAAACCACCCAGAGAGGAGACUAUAAACGAAGAAGCCAAAUCUGAUGACAGUGGCAGUGUGGAAACUGUCAAACAUUUCGGACUACCCAUUCUCUCCGUCUCUGGCCCGUCGCCUCCAGACGAAGACUACGACCAAAUUGACGAGUAUCUGUAGCAUUUCCAUACCAGUUUCCAGCUCAAAUAUGUGCUGGAAAAAAUGCGACCACCUUGGACUAGCCCCGCGCAAAGUCCUUGAACUUUUCCACUGGACUACAAUUCUAUCUUGUGAUAUGAUGGCUUGAAGUGAGUGAUCGGUAUUGUACGGCUUAACAACGAAUUUCAAAAACUCUACUUGAAAUUCUUACUCGUAGUUAUUCUUGUGUGUCUUGAAGAGGGACCAUAGUAUUUCUAGGUACGGUGUGUUUGGUUUACCCUUGAUGUAUGAAUAUUUUUGUAUUUAAGCUAUCCUGUGUCUCUAUUGAGUGUUAAAAUAUCUGCGUAUAGAUUUUUGAAUACACUUUAAAUUUAAUUAAGGACUGCACAAUAAGAAUGUAAAUUAUUAAAAUUUAACUUAUCAGUGCCACUCGAAAUUUUAUCAAGUAUUUAGUGUGUAUUGAAUGUCUCUUAUAAGCAAUUUUAUACUAAGUAGAAUAUUGUAAAGUUUGGUUUUGUAAAUAAUUACUUAACCUGUAGUGUUUAGAUAUUGAUUUCGAUUUAUAGAAAUAUAAGUACCUAUACUCCAGAGACAGAUUGAGAUAAAAUAUACUUAGUCAUCUUUUAUGCUUAAAAUAAUAUUAUUAUCACUUUAAUCAUAAACUUAUUGUAGCGUAUACUCUGGUUUUCAGAAAAUGAAAUUUCUUUUCUAAUUGUGUUAUAAAUACCGUGAAUCAAUUAAGCGUUAUUGAUCACAUACGUUAUAGAUCACACAAGCCAUAUCUACAAUUAAUAGAAAAAGUAAUUUUCAGUUUACAUAACCUUGCAUCAUUUCCAGGCUUAAUCUACUUAAAUCCUUAAUAUCAAAAAAUCAUGCUUAUUAUAAAUUGUUGCUACACGUCGCCAUCUUAGAGAUCUCGUUGUUUAUUAUUAGUUUUAUUAUAUAUGUACCAAACACAAUAUUUUUAUGGAACAUAAUAUUAUUUUGCAAACUUUUUACACAAAGUUUCCUGCGGUUUAUAAAGUUACACAGUUUCAAUUAAUUAUUAUUAGAAUGUGCGGCAUUGAUUGAUAUAGUAUAGCAGCAAUACGAAUAUAAUUAAAUAACAAGAAUCCUAAACGAUUACGACUUUAUUUGUCGAUACCCCAAAAGAAAUUACAUUUACUGAAACCAUUAUUAGGAUUAAACAUGACAAGAAUUGAAGGUUGAAUUUUGGUCCAAUGAUGUAUUAACUGCACAUGGUGUUUUAGGAAGUAGGAAAUGAAUUUAGGUAAACAUCGGAGAAGUAUAGCUGUGUCUGCACUUUUUCUUUGAAAAAGUUGUUAUGUAUAAGAACUGGGUAUUAAAUAUCAGUUUCUUGAGGUCGUUACUAUAGACACAGACAAAGGAAAGACGAAAAAAGUAGGUUCACAUAAAUGCACGAGUAUAUUAAUUUCAAUUUGUUUUUUGUGCUUAAAUUUCAAUUUGUAUCUUUAUAAUGGAGAAAAAAGAAUAAACGUUUUCGUAAAAAUUGUUUUGCAAGACAAGUAUUUAAAUGUCAAUUAAAAUUGAUAGUUUAAAUUUUAGUGAGAUUUUUCAUAAUUUUAGAAUUUAAUGGCACUAAAUUAUUAAAUACUAGUAAGAUAAGUUCUUUUUCUUUUGACCUGGACUGGUACUUAGGGACCAGGGUGGCAGUAUAUGAAAGUAGGCCUUAAUUCCAAAUCACUGUAUAUUUCUAAUAUAUUUAAUAUACUUUUGGAGCUAAGACUAUAUUAUUCCCUCCACUAUUAAUAAAUCCUAUCCAUCGAGUAGGUAGCUGUAAUGUAUGUUACACAUCCCUUUAGUUUCAUUUGGGAAUAUUUUCAAUUGUCAAUUUUAUCAUUCGUCUUUUUGUACUGUCGGUCAUCUUCCUUUAUUGUUUUUGGUUAAAAAGAUACAAUGCACAUACAAGUUUGCACGGAACUCUGAGGCACGCGAAUUCUAUUCGUAGUCUACCUAUUUUUAUCAUCAGUAUCGAUUAUCGAUACGAGUAGCCUAUCGAUCAUCUUGCAAAUAGUCUACAUUAGUGAAAAAUACAAUGAACCAUUAAUAAGUUUUUUUUAAUACAUAGUUAUUUUGCAGUUUUUGACCUUGUGAAUUUGUUGCAGUUUUUGACCUUGUGAAUUUGAGUGACUUUUAAGUUUUAGAUUAGAAGCCCUUUCUUCUGAAAUAACUAAGGAAUAUCUUGAAUAAAAACGAAUAAAAUCAUUUUAAUACAGGGCGUGAUAGCGGUACAAACACGUCAUUUUUAUAGGCAAAUAGGGAGAAAAUCGAGACAAGGAUGUAAAAAAACAUAAACAGAUAACAUUUGCCUUCACGUUUUUCUCUUUAAUUAAGAAUUAAGAUGUAAAUUAUUAUAAUACUUGUACCAAAUUUACAUUACUGUAAAUUGUAAAAUAACCAAAGACCUUUUUAGCAAUAAGACUUUUAGCAAUGCACAAUUUUAUUUGUUUUAUUUUUUUUUUUUUGAUUAAAAAUAUUGGUAGGUUUAGAAAUUAUAAACCUGUAAAGAAGUUAUUGUCGUACUGUUAAUAAAAGUUUUAAGUUUCAUUUAAAUUAACUUUAAACACAAAAUGUAGGAAACUAGAAUUCUACUAAAAAUCAUAUGAAAUUAUAGAUGUAUUCUUUUGAAGUUAUCUUGUGCCAAUAUGUUAUUAAAUCAUAAUUAUUUUACAUACUAACAAAACUAA